AGCUGAACUGAAGUGGGGAGCUGCCUGGUUAGGUCUCUCCACUCAGUGUUAUUGCGUGCGUUCAAACUGAAUGCUCGACUAAACGUUAACUCCAAUCGACCAGCUACACCCCCUCCUGAAUAGUGCUACUUUUAACAUCCAGUGACCGCGCCACUGCCGCCGUUCAAAGAGCAACGUCCGCGACGUCAACGGCAACAAAGGCAACCACUUUAGUCGUUUGCUGACUUUCGCCUGAGACGCAACCCGAACGCGAUUCCUGCAUUCGGCUGCACAAACAAAGAAAUCUGGCUCCCCGCCCAGUCAUCCAUACACACCUGGACACUGGACUCAGCUACUAUGCAAAGACAAUAAAGAAUCGCCUUGUUUAUUGUUUCAAUUGUUAAUUGUGUCUGCGGUGGCAUAGGAGGAGAAACUUGACAAACGCUUCUCAUUUCAAUACAUGUUUAACCGCAGAACGAGUGAGAGGCUGCGAUGACUGAGAACGUGGAGCUGGUGAACAAAUAUGGCGAGCCGCUGCGCUAUGAUCGCAAUUUCCAGGGACCUCGACAACGAGAUCGCAGCUGCACGGAUGUACCCUGCCUAAUACUAUUUGUACUCUUUCUGGGCGGCUGGGCGUUCAUAGCCCACUAUGCCAUACAGAAUGGGGAUCUCAAUAAGCUGAUGGUGCCGACGGACAUGUACAAUCAGAAGUGCGGCAUCGACUCCAGCGUGCUGAAUAAAAAGUACUUGUUCUUCUUUAAUCUGGACCAAUGUAUUGACCCGUUAGUGCCCAUUACGGGCUGUAAUACGCCACAGGUUUGCGUCGAAAGUUGUCCCUCACAGACGUUCGUUUGGGAUAGCAUGAAGAACACCAUGAGUCUUCAGGAGCUGAGAGCUCGACUCAUUUGCAAAACGGAUGCGGACAAGGCAGCCAUUGGAUCUAAAGCGGACAUUGAGCGUGCUAUCCAGGAAAAUCGUUGUGCUCGCUAUUACAUCAAGAGUCAGCCCUUCCUCAAUCGCUGCAUGUUUGAGUUCUCGGAUCAAAUCUGCGAAUUGCUGCCCAGCGUGCUGUUGCGUGCUCGGCGGGACUCCACGUUACGGUUGCCCGGCAAUUCGAGUCAAGUGGAGCUGGAAAUGCAGGCGAUGGCAUUGACCAUGCAGAGUGAAGCGCUGGCUCGUGUGGCACCACAAACUGGAAUCAGCAAGCAGGAGCCGGUAGACGAACGGGUCGGACAAUGCCGCCGUCAGCAGCUGAACGGGGCAGUCAUUAGGGAAAAGAUGAUGCAAACGGAUACGCGACUGGCCAAGAUGGUGGGGAAUCUGGUGGCCCAUUUUUACAAUGGCACCCACGAUGCCCAGCGUCUGGGCGAGGAAAUUGUCGAGGAUUUGGUCAACUCAACAUCUGUGGUGCUAAUGGCUUUAUUCUGUACGCUGCUCGCCUCACUUAUCUACAUUGCCCUGAUGCGCUGGAUUGCCGCGCCUAUGCUCUGGUUCUCCAUCAUCGGCGUGCUGGUCGGCCUUCUGUUUGCCAUCUACUACAGCUUUAAGCAGUACAGCUUCUGGAGCAAUACAGCCACGGUGCCGUUGCACGAUCUAAAUCUGCACAAGCAGUGGCAAAAUCUGCUGCAGAAUCCCAAGAUGUGGCUCUACUUGUCCAUUGCUGCCUGCAUCGUCUUUGUGGUCAUAUUCCUUUUGGUCAUUGUGCUGCGCAAGAGGAUACGUAUCGCCAUUGCGCUGAUCAAGGAGGGCAGCAAGGCUGUGAGCACCGUUAUCAGCACCGUCUUUUUCCCGAUCUUCUCCUGGGUGCUAUUCAUUGGCACAAUUGGAUUUGCCAUUGGCGUUGGCCUCUAUCUCGGCUCCAUUGGCACGUUCUCUUUUCGCAUGGUUCGCCGCCUAACCGAUACCGGCGAGGUCACCAACGAGCAGUGCGUUUGCGAGGGACCCGGUGUUAACUACACCGUUGGCGCUGCCUGCGAUCCGGAGAUAUUUAAACAGUAUUGUCACAUCAAUCUGAGGCGCGAGUCCUGCGCUCAGACCACUUGCAGCUUUUUGGAAAUUGAUAAUCCACCGCUAAUUCGCUGGGCCAUGGGAUACAAUGUGUUUGGAUACCUCUGGCUAACCUUCUUUAUAUCGGCUUUCAGCGACAUGGUACUGGCGGCCACCUUUGCCCGCUGGUAUUGGACUUUCAAGAAGCGGGAUGUACCUUACUUCACACUCACACGUGCCUUCUGCCAAACAGCGUGCUACCAUUUGGGUACACUCGCCUUCGGCUCCCUGGUCCUGGCCAUUUGCCGCAUGAUACGCCUGGUGCUCGAAUACAUUGAUGCCAAAUUGAAGAAGUACGAUAAUGUGGUGACAAGAGCGAUUCUCUGCUGUAUGCGUUGCUUCUUCUGGCUGCUGGAAUCGUUCCUCAGGUUUCUCAACAAAAACGCGUACAUUAUGUGCGCGAUUCAUGGCAAGAACUUCUGUACGAGUGCCAAGGAUGCGUUUAAUCUACUGAUGCGAAACUUUCUGCGCGUUGUCACGUUGGAUAAGGUCACCGACUUUCUCUUCUUUCUGUCCAAGGUGCUGCUCACCGCCGGCGCUGGUGUGUCCACCUACUAUUUCCUGGCCAACAAUCCGUCCGUCAUACAGCUCAACCACAAGGCUGUGCCCACAACUGUGGUGGUGAUCGCCGCCUUUCUGAUUAGCAGCGUGUUCUUCGGUGUCUACUCGAUGGCCGUGGACACGCUGUUCCUGUGCUUCUUGGAGGACUGUGAGCGCAACGAUGGCACACCCGAUAAGCCCUACUUCAUGUCCAAGCAACUGAUGAAGAUUUUAGGCAAGAAGAAUAAGCAGCCGCCGCGACAGCGUCGCGGCAAAUAAAAAAACUGCAGUCAAGCAUAAAAUGGCCGCAAAACCAAAGCAAUAUGGAAUAUCCCUUGUAAAUGACAGUGCAAAUUGUAGCCUAGACGAAGUUGAGGUGCAGAUUGAUCUUUGGAAUGAUAUAUAUACAAACACAUAUUUAUAUAUUUAUGAUAUGGCAAGGAGAGCCGCAGGUUGUGCACGAUAACUGCUCAUACGAUAUU